GUCAUACUGCUUUUUUAAGGCAUCUAGUUAGCCCUGAAGCUAGGGUCUUUCAAACCCUGACCCCUAACCAGGAAAGACUGUAAGAUUUCAUUAUUAACCGAAAUCUCAAGGCGACUACCGUCUUCUGAAAAAAGCUCCACUUAAAGCCGAACCCAAUCCAAGAACGACCAGGUUGAGCCCAUAGAGUCUGAGACUAUGGAGGUCGACCUGAAAGAAGUUGGUCAAGAAGUCGAACAGCCAGAGAAAGGUAAAAAGGAAGAGGAGGAACCAUCGGAGAACAAGGAGGACUCGCCCCAGACUCGAGGUCCGAGCCAAGGAGCUGCUGUAAAGCGGUUUGUGGUCAAGGAGUGGAGUGCGGUGGCCCUCUGGUCAUGGGAUGUAGUCGUGGAUAACUGCGCGAUCUGCCGGAAUCAUAUUACGGAGGUGUGCAUCGAGUGCCAGGCCAACCAUGUCGUGAUCCCCACCGAGGAGUGUCCUGUCGCCUGGGGGACGUGCAACCAUGCGUUCCAUUUCCAUUGCAUCUCGCGGUGGCUGAAGAACCGACCGGUGUGCCCUCUUGACAACUGCGAGUGGGAGUUCCAGAAGUACGGCCUCUAGGCCGGUUCUAUAGGUCCUCCUGCUCAAAGUCCUGUCUUUAAAAUAAAGCUUCAUAAAUGUAACCAUA